GGAUCACCUCUUCAUCGUUCCGUUUUUGGGGUGCCGAAGUCACUGAUCCGUUUUUUAAACCUCUGCGAGCCUAGUGAAAAGUUCUGGUAAAUUGAGCUCGAGAGAAAAUAAUGGAACCAGCAGCCUCAGAGCCUACCUCUUCGAAGCUUCCAAUGAACUCAGAGACUGCUUUACGCCUUGUUAAAAAUGGUGGAACCAUACUCAUGCUUGAUGUCCCUCGGUUCACUCUCAUUGGGAUCGACACUCAGGUUUUUUCUGCUGGGCCCAAUUUUAAAGGAAUAAAGAUGAUUCCACCUGGUCCUCACUUUGUAUAUUAUAGUUCUUCAAACAAGGAUGGGAGUGAGUAUGCACCAAUAAUUGGGUUCUUUGUUUAUAUAUCGCCCUCAGAGGUCAUUGUUCGGAAAUGGAUUCAACAAGAGGAACGGUUGGUUAUGCUCUCAGAGGAUGAGGAGGAGUGCUACAGUAUGGCUGUCAAGAAUUUAGAGUUUGACCACCAACUUGGCCCUUAUGGUUUAAUCCAGUUCUGGGAUUGGAUACAUAUAUCUAACUAUGUCACUAAAGACGUGAUUAAACGAAUUGAGCCAAUUGGGGGAGAAAUUACUGUCACAAAUGAGGCUGAACUAGCUGAAACAGUUCCAAAAACAGCUAUGGAGAAGCAGUUGGCAGAGCAAUUGAAGAACAAGAGACUUUUGGAUACCACAAAGAGAGCAUGCAGCCCAAGAUGUUACUAUACCACAAUUCCUCAUGUUUUUAAGGUCAAGGGAGUUCCCAAAGAAGAGCUUACCUCUUUAAAUCUUGACAAGACACACCAACUGGAAAGCAUUCUGAUGCAAAAUUUUGCAGGAGAAGAAGAUCUACUGCUGGGGGAGCUUCAAUUCUGUUUUAUUGCUUUUCUGAUGGGACAGUCUCUUGGAGCUUUUUUUCAGUGGAAAGCAAUCCUUAGCCUUCUACUUGGCUGUCAAGAGGCUCCUUUCCACUCUAGGAGUCAGUUAUUCUCAAAGUCUUUUGGGGCUCCAAUGGCGAUGAGGCAAACAACCAAAAUUGGACCAGUCCAUUGGUGGAGCCAACAUGGGUGUAGUUUUCCAAAUUUACAAAAGUUGGCCAUUCAGAUGUUAAACCUAACCAAUUCUUCCUCUGGUUGUGAGCGCAAUUGGAGUACUUUUGAAGGGUUCAUUAAGGUGAUCUACUUCCAACUAAAUCAUGGUUUGCAACAAACCCAUGGGAACACAAGUAAUCGAGACAAAGGAGUAUUUAUUUUCAUGGAAGAUUCUUGGCUCAAUGGGGACAACUUUUUGCAUCAUCUUUGCAAGGAAUUCUUUUCCUUAACACAAGAAGCUACCACUAUUGAUGGGAACCUUCUUUUAUGGGUGAAGAAACUUAAGGAACUUCUUGAGACCUCUCUCGGGUGGAACUUUGACAGGAGUCCGGAGGAUGGCAUCUUCGGAGAGGAUGAUGAGUUUGCUCCUGUCGUUGUUAUGCCUGAGGAAACAAGAGGUUGUGAGGAGAUGGCUUCUUAGAUACACCGGCUAUCAUUGCUCCAUUUAGUAAACUAACAUCAAAGCUAACCAUCGUGUUUUGCAAUGACGAAAAGAUUUAAAGUCAUUGGGCAUUUCAGAUUUUCAAUAUUUAUACGUGAUGAGCCAUUUUGAAUUUCUAUUGGUUAGUUUUGAUUUGUAGAAAACGUAACAAGAGGUUUGUAGAAAACAUGAAAACUUUCUAAAAAACAUGCCCACUCAAGAGUUGUCGGUUUCA